UUACUGUCAUGUUUAUACAAACAACGGGGAAAUGCGUUGAGGGAAAGCAGCUUCAUCCUUACCUUGAUUCGUGAGCAACUAGCGUUCAUUUAUCUAAAAGGCAGCCAGCUAACUCUAGUUAAUUAUUACAGCUAACGCUAGCCAGCUAAGUUAGCUAACUUUAGUCAGUUGUAUUUUGUCAAGCGACAACACAUGUUGGGCUUGCAAAUGCUUCAUCAAAGUAGACUAUUUGCUACUUAUCACGCUAUCAAAGCACAUGACAACUCUUGAGUAGGUUUGGUCGUCCCGUGAUCGCAUUGAGUAGCUAGAUAGUUACAGUAAACAUUUGGUUUACCUAGCGAACAGUUGCUGACGACUCUUCCGUAGAUUGCUGACGACUCUUCCGUAGAUCGAGCAAGGCCAACUUGGUAGGAUGUAGACUGGCAGAACCUGUUUUCUGGUUUCAAUGGGGAAAAGGAAAGACAUGAUCCACCCAAGGUUUAUUUUAGGUGAUGGAGGCCACGUGGGCUUACAAAGCCUGCAUAGGCGGAAACACAAAAAACACAAGAAGAAGCAUCACCGCGACAACGGACACAGCUCCUACUCCGAGGCCCUGGAGUCAGACUCCGGGAUUGUGUUCAAGCCCCCCACACAGCUCAGACUCAAGAUCAAACUGGGAGGCCAAACGCUUGGGACAAAAAGUGUGCCAACGUUCACUGUGGUCCCUGGUGUAGCCCAUUCCCAGUGUCCUCUGAUGAUCGUGGACGACGAUGACGACUCUGAUGAUGAUAAACCUUCUGAGGGUGUUCCACUUGAGCAGUACCGGGCCUGGCUUGGUGAGUGCAAAGAUGAGGACAGUAACCUGGACCCGUCUCCUCUGCCAGACAUGGACUCAGACUCCCUGGGUAAGCCGGUGGACGAGGAGGAGAAGUGGCUGGACGCCCUGGAGAAAGGAGAGCUGGACGACAACGGAGAGUUGAAGAAGGAGAUCGAUGAGUCCCUGCUCACAGCCAGACAGAAAGCCCUCCUGCACAAGCAACAGAACCAGCCUCUCCUGGAGCUGCCCAUGGGCUACAAGGAGAAGGAGAUGACCACCGAGAUGAUGCAGAAGAGAGAGGAGUGUGCCCGCAAGAGGCGCCUGCAGGCGGCCAAGAAGGCAGAGGAGGACAAGAACCAGACCAUUGAGAGGCUCACCAAGACCUCCAAGGCCAAGAUCAAGAGUAUGAGGGAGCGUAAGUCCAAGCAGGCCCAGUGUCCCAUGGUCCGCUACUAUGACUCAGCCCAGGGAAUGGAGAUUUCGUUCCCAACAGGGGUGCUUGCCCCGACCCCUGCUUCCCUGUGCCCCCCUCCCCUGGCACCGGUAGGCUGCGGGAUAAACGGGUGCAGUAAUCUGAAGAGGUACUCGUGCUCCAAGACUGGGAUCCCUCUCUGUAGUCUGGACUGCUACAAGAAGAAUCUGGUCCUUGUUGUGGAGAGUGCUGCUUGAAUUUGACCGUUUUCAAAUGUUUUGGCUUGCUGGCAGUUUAGACUCUUGGGCUAAAUGGACAAUGUGUCAUUUUUUUUGUAUUUUGAGAGAUUAUGAAAAGGCUUUUUUUUUUUUCUCUCUCUUUGUGUGAUGUAUACUAUCAAAAGAGUUCCAACCAAUGCAUCAGUCAGUCAAUUUAGUCCUGAUACUAGGAUGACAUAAGGUAGGCUACAGCCACACCAGGCCCUAUCAAACAGCAAGCAUUUAUUUCUAGAUCCUUAGUUUGUGGAAGUCCACAUAAUGUAGAUUGAAUAAGACUUUAAGAAGGCAAGCUUAUUUUUGUAACAGCAGGACAGAAAUAACAGCGCUGUUUGCCUGAUGAUCAUGAAGGACUUUCAUUUGUAUAAAUAUAUGAAUGGUUUCGUAUUAAUUUUGGCAAGCAUAACAGCAGUAACAUGUUUGAUAAAUUGAGAAAAUGACCCAGAGGAAACCAAAAUAUGUUUUUCUUUUAAUUGUCACAAAUGUGCAUUUGUAUCACAAAUUAUUACAUUUCCAUACAAAAUACUGUACAUCUUAAAUAAAAUAUCAUAACACUUA